AUGGAUGAAAAAAUAGAAUUACUAGUUAGCAUAAUAAAAAAAUGGACAAGCAAGUAUGCCCAUAAAAUAUAUGUCACGGGACAGGAUGAAGAAAAAAGAGAGAAUUAUUAUAAAGUAAUUUUUUUUCAUCAAAACAAGGAUGAGCCUGUUCCCAAAUAUAAAAUAGACACGUAUUUUAUAAUAACAGAAUUAUGUACAACUAAUUUAGAUUCUCUUAAUGAUUAUACAAAUAAUGAUGAAAAAUAUUUUGUAACAUUUAAAUUUGAAAACGAAACUCUAACACGAACUUUAGAUAUGAAUUUGAAUUGUGAAGCAUGGAUUGAUAAAUUAAUAAAAGACAAAGAGAAAUUGAGAGGAAUCAUAAAUUUGUCAUCCAAGUUUAUGAAAACGAGAUUUGCAAAGGCAGUUCCUAAAUCUGAGAUUUCAUUAAUACUCGAAAAAAUAAAAGAAGAAAGAGAAUUAUUAAGAAAAAAUAAUCAAGAAAAUCAAAAAUCAGAUGAAUUAAUAAAUGAAAAUAUAUUGAAUAAAAAAUGUUUUUACGAUCAAGCAUAUGAAUUAGAUAAAAUUAAUUCACAAAUAUAUUUAAAUAAUAUAGAUAAAAAUGAGCUAGAUCGAAAUAAAAAAGAAAACUAUCAAAAUGAUAAAUUAAAUGAGGCUUUGUCUUUUCUUAAAUCGAAUCUUUAUCGUUAUCUUUCCAAUGCGGACAUUAAAAAGAGGGGAAAACUUAAGCAUAACUAUUACGUUGAGAUAUUAAAAAUGGUAAACUACAAAUUUUGUAUUAGCUAUUUUCAUUUUGAAAAUAAAAAAAGUAAAGAAAAAAAUAGAGAGAAAGAACCAAAUGAAACUACAAGUGAGUCGAAGAAAUAUUUUUUUUGUGACACGGAUGAAGAUGAUUGUUUAAGUAUAAAUGAAAAUUCUGAGGAGGAAAGUAAAGAUAAACAUAAAAAUGGUGAAAAAGAAGAUAGGAAAUAUUUAUCUAAUUUAUUUAAUGUUAAUAAUAAAGAAAUAGAUCUUAUUAAAAAUUGUGAUAUAUAUAUAAACAAUAAUUUUAACGGGUCUGAUAUAUUUUUUGGAACCCCUGAAGAAAUACCACAAAAUUCUAAUAUAUUUAUUUUUGAUAAUAAUAGUGAAAAAGGUGAUAGCAACAAUAUAGACUCAUAUUAUAAAUACAUAUUUACAAACAACUAUUACGAUUUUCUGUUAUAUAUUUCAUAUUCUGAUGAAGAAGACAAUGGAUUUAUAUAUUACAACAAUUAUGUAAAUAUCUUACCAAAAUAUUUAUAUGAAUUAAAAAAAAAUCGAGAAUUAUUUGUAGAUAUGAAAUUUGAUGACUUAAUUUUAUAUAAACAAUUAAUAUAUGCAUGUUAUGAAAAGGAGUUAAAUUUUUUAUAUGAUACCCUUUUAUAUCAAUUUAAAAAAUAUGACUUAUGUGAUAGUGGAUAUAUUCAUCGAAUGAAAUUUAAAAAGAUACUCGAAGAAAACAACCAUAUUAUAUCAAAGCAAGAAUAUAAAUUAUUAAUUCAUAUUUUUCACUAUAACGACGAUAAUUAUGUUUACUACAAAAAUAUCAAGGAAGUUAUUUUAAGACUCAGAUUCGAAGGGAUACGAAACAGCAUUUUUGAGAGAAAUGCAGAUUUAUUACAAAAAUAUUUAUGCGAGCAAUUAGUAAAGCAUAAUUUAAAAAAUAAAAAGAAAAUUCAUAUAUUUGAUUGUAAACAUGUUUUAGAUAAUUGUGAUAAAUUAUAUUUAAAUAAAAAUACGAUUCAUACAAUAUUAUGUUCAUUAGAUUUUGAUAAAAAUUUAGAAUUAGAUAUAAAUUUGUUUUUAAAAAUGUCGAUUACUAUUAUUAUUAAUAUGAUCAAAUUAGAAAAUAUGCAAAUGAUAUACAAUAUUAUUAAUGAUGACAAACAAAAAAAAGACGACGGCCAAACUGAUGGAACAAGUGGGAUAUUCUCAAAAAAAAAGACAAUACGCAUUGCAGAAAAGGUAAAUAUACCAGCACAGGAAUUAGUAGAAAUCACCUUAACAAAAUUGUUCAAAGUAUUAGAUGAAAAAAAUGAAGAUCAUUUAAAAAUAAUCGAUUUUAUUGAAACAUUAUUGGAAUCAAAUAAAAAGAAAAAAAUUAUAGACAUAAAAGAAAUAUGUAAGUUAAGCAAAAAAGAGUUACAAGGUUUCGUAGCAGAAAUCGAUACAGAACCAAAAAAGAAAAGUUUUAUGAAUGAACAAAAUAAAAACAACAGAAGUUUUGAUGUUUAUAAAAAUCGAAAAAUCCAUUAUGCUUCUCAUAUACAUAAAUGGUGUUCAAAAACAUAUCAAAUAAGAUCUUGUGAAUACUACAACCAUUUUUUCAAUCACCCUUACAAUCUUGUUGAAUUGAACGAAGAUAUUAAUAGAAGGAUACUGUUUUGUGAGGAAGAAAAGGAAUUAUUUUAA